CGCGUGUCUGCCGUCCGUGCCUGCUGUCCUUCUAGGUCCCCGCGGAGUGCGCGGUUGACGUCGCUCCCCACCCACCCGUGCGGCUAUGGGGGUUCCCAAAAGGAAGGCCCCCGGCGGCCGGGCCGGGCCGGCCAAGCGAGCCCGCCAGGAAGAGUUCACGGGCGUAAGGUUCAAGGCUCAGCUGAAGGACCCGCAGGCUGUGGCUGCAGCCUUGGAAGCGUUCCUCUCCGCUGCGCGGAAGCUGCCCUGCGUGGACGUGUAUGACGUGGUAGAAGGCUACAUCAAGAUCUCGGUGGAGUGCGCCGAGCUCUUCCAGCUCCUGAGUGGCGAGAAACGGCCCGAGAGUGAAUUGCUGUUAAUAUUUCAAGUUUUUGAAGCCAUCUUGCUGCGGACAGCAGGCGACCUGUCCCAUUUCCACGUCGCGGGGAUCAACAUAGUGAAGAAGCUGCUGAACAACCACAUGAAGCUCCUGUGUGAAUCCCUGUACGCCUCAGGUUACAGGAUGGCCCGAGCCUGCCUGAACCUGCUGGCCGCCAUGGUGACCCAGGGGUCCGAAGCUGCCAGGGAUGUCUGUGGCCACUUUGAUUUAAAUAAAAAGACCUUGCACACCCUGGUGACCAAGAGGGAUUCAAAGGGAGUGCCCGAUGUCCGGCUGGCCUACAUCCAGUUUGCCCUGUCCUUCCUCAUCGCAGGGGAUGACAACACCAUAGUGCAGGUGCUGGAACUGAAAGAAUUUAUUCCUUGCAUUUUUAGCUCAGGCAUAAAGGAAGAUAGGAUUUCUACCAUCAAUAUUUUGUUGUCCACACUGAAAACAAAGGUGGUUCACAACAAAAGUAUCACGAAGACCCAGAAGGUGCGUUUCUUCACGGCGCAGCUGCUCAGCCACAUAGCCUCUCUCUACGCCUGGAACGGGAUUGCCGACGUGAGCCCCGACAACCCGGAAGACAUGGAGGUGUCUGCGGGAGAGGCGGGGACGGCCAUGGUGCGGGAGCUGGUUCACGGCUUCCUGCUGGAGCUUUGCUGCUCCCUCAAGCAUGGCAUUAACUUCUACGAUGCAUCCCUGGGCACCUUUGGCAGAGGAGGCAACCUGACCCUGCUGCACUUCCUGCUGGGGUUGAAGACAGCGGCAGAUGACGAGCUGGUGGCCGAGCUGGUGGUGAACAUCCUCAAAGUGUGCCCGGACUUGCUCAACAAGUACUUCAAGGAAGUGACCUUCUCCUUCCUGCCCAGAGUGAAGGCCACCUGGCAGAAUAACAUCAAGCUCCUCAACAAGAUCUAUGAAGCCCAGCCGGAAGUUUCCCGAGCGUUUCAGACUCGGGAGUUUAUCCCCUUGCCGCGCCUGCUGGCCAUGGUAAUGGUGACCACUGCGCCCCUGGUCUGCAACAAGAUCAUGUUCACUCAAGCUUUAAAUCUGGACAGCAAGUCUGUGAAGCACACAGCAUUGUCCCUGGUUUCUGCCAUUUUGAAGAGAGCGUUGAAAACCAUUGAGUACUGCCUGGACAAAGAGGUGUGGCAGGGCCCAGGCGUGUACACAGCCACCAUGAUGGAGGAGUUUGUGCAGCUCUUCAGAGAGGCCCUGAGCAAGAUCUUGCCAGACCUGAACACCAUCGUGUGGGUCUGGCAGUCCCUGAAAAAGCAAGAGACAAAACAGGAGGACCGGAAAGGGAAGGAAGGAAGUGACAAGACUGUGGCAGCCCAUGACAUUCCCCAGUGUGAUGACGCGGAAACCAUUCUUCUGAAAGCCGUCCUGCUGCAGGUCAUCUGCCUCUAUCAGAAGGUGGUGCCGCACGUGGUCACCCAGUACAACUUCGACUUCAGCAAGCUCCUGAAAGGCGUCAUCUCCGAGCAGGGCCUUCGGGAGGAGGCGCCCCCCAUUCUGCAGCACCACAUGCUGAAGGUGGCCCUCGAGCUGCCUGCCAACAAGUUUGUGUGGCUGAAGGCACAGGAAGGCCCGGACGCAGAGCAAGUGGCCGAGCGCUCUGUGUUCUACCUGCUGAUGAAAAUGUUUGUGACCAGUAGCCACCUGCAGCUGAAGUCGUCCACCCAACUUCUCAUCAUGAAGAUCCUGCGGGACACUGGUGUGUUUGAGCACACUUGGCGGGAGCUGGAACUCUGGCUGGAGCAUUUAGACAACACAGCAGAAGAGCGCAAAGAAGCUGUGAUUCAGUUCCUGGAACGCGUGUUGCUGACUUUGGUGGCAAAUCCCUACUCCUACACGGACAAAGCGUCUGAUUUUGUCCAGGAAGCCAGCACGCUGCAGGCCUCCCUAGCGAAGCAAGACGCCGAUGACGUCAGCAUCCCUGUGUCCCAUAUCGAUGAUGUUCUCGAUAUGGUGGACGUCCUGGUGGAGGGCAGCGAAGGCCUGGAUGAAGAAAUAGGGUUCUUGUUAAACGAAGACAUGGUGCUGCUCACCUUCCCCUUCAGUGCAGUGGUCCCGGCAGCCCUGGAGGCCAGGAACAAGCUGCUGCUUGGGACGGAGAAGGAAGCAGGGGAAGACAUCGUCGCAUACUUGACUGCAGUGCUCACCGACCUCCUGCACUCACAGCGGGACCCACUGGCCCUGUGCCUCCUGCUCCAGGCGUAUGACAAGUGUGAGCCCCAGGGCCCCCCAUGCUGCCCUCAGCUCGCCCGCUUUCAUGGAUACUACAGCCUGUGGAUCCCCGAGCAAGCCCGGGAGGCCUGGCCUCUGCAGGUGUCUGUCGGCCCUGUGCCCCACGCUGCCCCCUCGGCCUCCAGCUUCCCCGCCCUGCUGCAGGCAGCCUACGAGAGCCAGACGCUGCAUGAUGAGCACGUGCAGGUGCAGCUGCAGGCUGCCCUCCCACACCUCCCACUGCGCCAGAUCCCGCGCUCAGCCAAGCAGGUGCUGCUCUACCUGCGGAGCACCGUGGAUAACUUCGGCCAGCUGGGCAGAAGCACGGGGCCUGCCCUGCUCCUGCUCUGCCUGGACCUUCUCAGGCGCCUAGUGCUGCACUGUGAGCAGCUCGACACCCAGAACCGGCUCAAGUACAAGGCCGCCCAGGCCGAGACCGACCUGUUUUUGGACAUGGAGUCCAUGGCCUCGCUGGAAUUGGCCAAUGACCAGACCCUGGAGGAAGUGCUGCUGGCCAUCCUCAGGCACCCGACGCUGGAGGGCUGGUUUCUGGCCCUGGAGCGGCAGGCCCUGCCCCCGCACACACUCAGCCCCAUCCUCGUGAAGCUCUUGGCAGCCCACCUCAGCUCAGGGAUCCUUCAGCUGCUGGCAGCCUGUGCCCCAGUCCUCCAGAACCUGGGGCAGCUAGGCCUCCUCGCCAAGUACUCCGAGGCCGUCACUCAGAGCGUGCUGAAAGAGCUGCAAGACAAGAAAAAUCGCUCAGCUCCAUCGCCCCCGCCCAAGACCCGGCCUCAGCUGCAGGCCCUGCAAGAGCUGCACCCCUACAUGGAAGGCGCCCAGCUCCGUGAGAUCACACUGGCCUUGCUGGGCCUACCCGAAGCCCACCUGCUGGCCCAGAGGCCCACCAAGGCUGCUGGGAAGGAGAGGCACCUGAGCAUGCUGGGCAAGACCCUGGUACAGCUACUGACCCACAGCCCCCGGGAGCGGCUGCGGGACAGCGAGCUCCUCUCCUCCUCUGAGUCCCUGAGGGGUCUGGCAGCGCUGCUCCCCACACUGGCUGUGGAUGAGCUAGACACAGUAUUCCUCCACGCACUGCAGAGAGACCCCGAGCUGGCCCCAGUGGCUGGGACGGAGCUGCUACACUAUUGCCUGACCCGGCGGACACCGGCUGCCCUGGCCAUCGCUGCGCUGCUCCUGAGACAGAGCUGCACCCAUCUGCUGGGGUUCGAGCUGUGGUGCCGGCAGGCCAGUGCAGAACUUGGCUCACAAGAAUCCCUGGACAACUUCCUGCCCCUUGUCCAUGAGUACCUGCAGUGCCACAAGCAAGGGCCCUUCACACGCCCAGCAGGAGUGUCCUCCACUGCACUUCCUGUCCUGAGGAAGGCCCUGUGGAGACGGCUGCAGGACAGGCUUCUCGCUGCUGACGACUGCGCAGCCUCAGGCAUGCACCCGGAGAUCCUGGCCCUGCUGGUACCGUUUGCAAGAGCCAAGGAGCUGCACGUGCUCAUGGGCCAUCUGCCGGCUGUGCUGCAGGCUCCAGGCACUCAGAAGGGCUGGGUUGUGGCAGACGCCAUCUCGGCAGUGUUGGAGGGGUCAGUGGAGGAGCUGCAGGCCUGGAGAAAGACCCUACUGGAAUGCUGCAUCAGGUGGCUGGUCGCAGCUUUCAGCGGGGGCCAGCAGGCCACAGAGAAGCCUCGGGAGGCGGAGCAGCAGAUGCUAGGGAGGCUGAGUGAGCUGCUGCAUGCACUUAAUGAAGUUGAUCCUGGUGACUGGCAGAAGUUUGUAAAGACAGGACUCAAGUUUCGGUACCAGGACCACACGUUUCUACAGACCCUGAAUGCGGCCAUCCAGCUCCUGUAUUCCUCAGCAAGCCCCAUGCAUACCCAGCUCACCCAGCUCCCGCUGGUCCACACCAUGCUCACCCAGCACUCUCUGUUCUUGCCCACGCUGCUGGAGUCUGAGGAAGAGGAGAGGCCUGAUGGCCAAGUGAAAGAAGCGCUGGUGGACCUGAUGCUGACGGUGGUGACGAUGUGUCCCUCCGUGUGCGAGAACAGCCACUUCGCCGUGCUUCUCGGGGCCUACAGUGCCACCCUCAGCGUGCUGGACCAGAAGCUUUUACUUCUGCUGCGGGCGUACGAGCAGAGCAACCUCAGCCUCGUGGACUUCAGGGUGUUGCUGUGGGGCCCAGCAGCCGUGGAGCACCAUAGGACGUGCCGCAGCCUGGGCAAGUCGCUGUGGCAGCAACCGAGCCCUGGGGACAUCCUGCGCCUGCUGGAUCGCGACCGUGUCAUGCAGACCAUCCUGCAUUUCCCCCAGCGCCGGAAGCUGCUCCCGCCCGAGGACAAGCAGGAGCCUGUGUUCAAAGAUAAGAAUGUGGCGGUGGAUCUUGGUGGCCUCUAUGACCCCUGCUUUCUGCUGCAUCUCUUCAGUGAGCUGACCAGGCCUGAAUUCGUGGUGGAUUGUCGGAAGUUUCUGGAUUCCAACGCCCUGGGCCUCACCAUCGUGGCCCUCAGCAGCUACGACCCCCAAAUGCGAGCCGCAGCUUACAGCGUCUUGGCGGCCUACUACUCGCACCUGGAGGGGGCCCGGUUCCGAGAGCAGUCCCAGGUGCUUUACCUGAUGGAUGUGGUCCGGAAUGGGAUUCGAACCCCCAACAUGAGGCUCACUUUCACCCUGGCUCUCUUCAUCGCCAAAGCAGCCCUGCAGAUUUUGAAACCAGAGGAUCACAUGUACUUGAAGAUCAGCAAGUUCCUGCUCUCCCACGACUACCUGAACAUGGACAAAGUACCAGGCUUCUUCCAGUUCUUCUACAGCUCUGACUUCCAGCAAAAGAAGGAGCAGGAGUGGGUGCUGGGCCUGCUGCGAGAAGGCAUCCGCGACAAGCAGUGCUACGAGCUCUACGCCCGGCGUGGCAUCUUCCGCAUCGUGCUGGCCUUCUUCAGCAGCCCCCUGUGCGACCAGGCAGCACAGAAUUGGAUUCUAGAAAUCCUGCAGAGCGCCGCACGGGUCGCCAGGUCGGCCUACGAGAUCAUCCGGGACUACAGCCUGCUGACGUGGAUUGUACACAUCCUGGAGAACAGGUUCCUGGAGACCCCAUUGCUGUCUCGCAUGAUCUGCUUGCUCCACACGCUGUGGAUGACCAACCUGGGAGACAAAGAAGUGCAGGCCGACGAGCAGCCUGCUGGCCGGCCCGGCCCCCGCGAGCCCCCCAAGAUGCUCGCCCUGCAUCUGGUCAAUGAGUUCCUUUACGUGUUCCUCUCGCUCGCGAAGCACCUGAGGCCCACUCUGGCCCCCGCCCAGCUGACCAGCUUCUUUGGGACGCUUGACUCGGUGCUGAGGCACCAGGCCACCGUGGUGGGAGCCUUCAAGGCCAUGGACCGCUUUAUCGUGAAUGAGGCCGUGCUCUCGGCCACGGACGCGCUCGUCCUCCUGCACAAGUGGAGCCUCAUCGAAGGAGACGCUGGGCUCCAGGAAGACCUGAGGGUGGCCAUCGAGCAGUGCCAAGUCAGGGAGCUCGCCAAAAUGCUCAAGGAGAAGGGCAAGCCAGCCGGGCCGGCCCGAGCCAGAGGCCCGCGUGGCCGGAAGCAGCCUCUGGGGGAGGCGGAGGAGACGGCCGACCCCGAGCUGAAGGCGGCCUGCGUGGAGACGUGCCGGGGCCACCUACGCUCCAUCCUGACGCACUGGGGGCCCGCAGUCCCCGACCCCGAGAGCGAGGCCCCACACCCCGUCUACGCUGCGGGCAUCCUGGUGGUGCGCUGGGUGCUGCGGGCUGCCGUGGGGCGCCCACUCAGCAGGACCGAGGCCGCGGGGCUUGUGGGCUGGCUCCGAAAUCGCAUCUUGCCACACCGGGCGCUGGUGGCCGGGCUCCUCGGAGAUAGCACCGUGAGGAGCCACCUGUUCCUGCUGUACAGCCGGCUGUGCAGCGCCGAGGGCCUGGCCGGCCCCACGCAGGACGUGGCCUGCCUCUUCACCUCCCUCAUGCUGCAGCUGGUGGCGGCCAGGGACACGGUGGGCAGCACCUUGCACACGGAAGUCGAGGCGCUGUGUGCUUCCUGUCUGCAGGAGGACCUGGACGAGGCCACCCGAGCCUCCGCGGCCUUCCUGGUGUCCCUGUACGUGAAGGACGUCUGGCUGGGAGCCCCGCGGCCUGACACCCUCAGCACCCACGUCCGCUUGGUCUGCGAGGCAGCAGCGUGCGCCCAGGGCGAGGAGGAGGAGGAACCAGUGGUCGCUCUCUGCGCGGGCCUUGCCACCUACACCCAGCACGCCUGAGGGACGCCCCGGUUCCCACACUGCCACAGGCGCCAGGUCCUGCCAGAAAACCAACCAGGGGUUUUGAGGGGAGCCCAGCACAUGGACUAGGUUCACUCUCGGCCCUCGGUGGGGGCCCCAUACUGGCCCUGCCCGCUGCAGCGGGCUCUGACCUGUAGUGGGCCUCUCCGCUAGGAGCUGUCAAUAGGUGUCUGGACCUUUUUGGACAAGCCUGAAGACGGACGCUAAGCCUUCUGGAAGAAGCCAUGCCAGCUUUUUGUGCGAUUUCUUUUUUGUUUUUUUGUUUUGUUUUAAAGCUCCCGCCACAGUUGCUGAGUAUUUUAUUAAGGAGAAGGAAUUCUGCUUGGUCGUUACCGUCUGUGUGACUGUGACAUCGAAUAAGCUGCAUUUUUCUACAGCUGCACCUCAAGACGGUGGAUUGUAUCAACCCCCGCCAAUAAAAGCCUAUUUUUGUAA